CACCCAGUGCGUCCCAAAAUUCCAUGACGGAGCUUACCGCCGCCGCAUUCUGGUGAGAGGAGCUUUCGGCAAGCUUCAGUCCUAACGGAUACACUGCACCACCAGCCCACCACCACCACGACAACGACUCCGGAAGCCCACCUCGGAUAGCCCGCGAUACCCUCCAGCGGACUCGAAACGCCACUCUACUGAAAGCAACCGAACCCUACCGUCAUAUUUUCUCUUCGCCGUCCGACAUAAUGGCUCAAGCUCUGGGCUUUGCGUACCGCAUGGCCGUCCCUGCGGCCAUUGGUAUCGCGGUUGUGCAGUCGUCAAUCUACGAUGUCAAGGGUGGAUCCAGAGCAGUCAUCUUUGACAGAAUGUCCGGUGUCAAGGAUGCCGUCAUCAACGAGGGCACGCACUUCCUCGUGCCGUGGCUGCAGAGGAGCAUCAUCUUUGACGUGCGGACGAAGCCGAGAAACAUCGCGACGACGACGGGCAGCAAGGAUCUCCAGAUGGUCAGCUUGACCCUCCGUGUGCUGCACCGGCCCGAAGUCCAGGCCCUCCCCAAGAUCUACCAGAACCUCGGCCAAGACUACGACGAGAGAGUCCUCCCCUCCAUCGGAAACGAGGUCCUCAAGUCCAUCGUCGCCCAGUUCGACGCGGCCGAGCUCAUCACCCAGCGCGAGGCCGUCUCCCAGCGCAUCAGCUCCGACCUCCGCAAGCGCGCCGCCGAGUUCAACAUCGCCCUCGAGGACGUCUCCAUCACGCACAUGACCUUCGGAAAGGAGUUCACAAAGGCCGUCGAGCAGAAGCAGAUUGCCCAGCAGGACGCCGAGCGCGCGCGCUUCAUUGUCGAAAAGGCCGAGCAGGAGCGCCAGGCCAACGUCAUCCGCGCCGAGGGCGAGGCCGAGUCCGCCGAGACGAUUAGCAAGGCCAUUGCCAAGAACGGCGACGGCCUCGUGCAGAUUCGAAAGAUUGAGGCCGCGCGGGAUAUCGCGGCGACGUUGUCGUCGAAUCCGAAUGUCGCGUACUUGCCGAGCGGCGGUAAGAGCGGUAACCAGAUGCUGUUGAACGUUGGCCGGCCGUAAAGUGGUUGUUGAAUGUCAAGGAGGAGGAGUGAGUGAAGGAAGUAGUGAAAAAAAGGGCGACGUUGUAUUAUAGACUUUGAAGGCAAGUCACCGCUUCAAUAAGUGUAAUCAUAGGGCAAUGAAUUCUGCCGCCUUUCCACACACUUGUUUCGUGCCGUACCCUUGGCUUUGGUGAAAGCCCAACUCAUGGGCGGGCUGAAGAAUAAGCUGUGAAGUGUACGCAUUGGUUGUGAGAUGCAGAGCUCUCUCUUGUAUUCAUACCUCUGAGAGUACCCUGGGAGCACCCGAAGAUGAAUACGGAGAGCACUUGCGAUAUCUCAGACAGCCUCGCUAAAUGAUAAGAAGUUAAUCUCAUCGGCAUUCCUACACAUACUUCUCCAACAUGACUUCUGGUCACUUCAUAUCCCCCCUCUUUUCCCGAUUUUUGAGUUGUCUGUGUUUUAGCAACUUAUCUUGUAUUAACCCCCCCUCCCCCUUG